AACAGCGUAGAAGAAGAGCGCUGUGACGUCAGGAGGAGGCUCAGGACAAGAUGGCGGACUCCGUGAGUUUGUUUGGAGGAAGAGUUCCUGCAGAAGUGGAGCAGCUGGCCAAGCAUCUAAAGAGUCUGGACAGAGACACGUUCACACAGAUGCUGAGCGGUCAGCCCACUAACCUGCAGCUUUUAUUAAAUAUUGGGAAUAGAAGGCACUUUCAUACAAGCUGUUUGCGUAAUCCGUGCUGGAAGGCCGUGGACGGUCUGGACUGCUGUGAGACUGUGAGACUGAUCUCAGAGAGCAGCGUGAUCUCAGAAGACAGCUUUAACCACGCCGUGGCUGGGCUGUAUGCUCUUCUCAAAGAAGCUCUGUGUCUGCCGUCUCUAAGACAAGAGGUUUUUAACGAGGAUCUGCGAGCGCUUCGGGUCCCUGAGGAAUUCAUUGCAGACAUGUCCAGUGCUGUGUUUGGAAACAGACAAACCUCUGUGAAUAUCAGCGGCACACAUCAAGGCCCGACUGCCAAGAUCCAGGACUUUAAAUGGAGAGUCGAUGUUGCCAUUUCCACAAGCUCGCUGUCUCGAGCUUUGCAGCCCUCUAUUCUCAUGCAGAUGAAACUGUCUGAUGGUCAAGUGCAUCAAUUUGAGGUUCCAGUUGGCAAGUUCCAGGAACUUCGCCACAAAUUUACGCUAAUUCUAAAGGAAAUGAAUGAUAUAGAGAAGAGGAGUAUUCUCAAAAUACAAGACUGAAGA